AUGGAAUACAGUGUAGUGAAGCCAUCGGUCGUACAGCUCCUGCUCGCCUCGUUGAUUGCUAUAUGUUAUUUGUUCUAUAGUAUCUUUCAGGCGAUCUACAACAUAACCUUGCAUCCGCUCUCCAAGUAUCCCGGACCGAAGUUGCGUGGCGCUUUCUACAUAUCCAACUCUAUCGAUGUCCUUACUGGAGAUGUGCCACAGCAAUGCCUGAAGCUUCAUGGGCAGUAUGGAGAUGUUGUGCGCAUCAACCCGAACACAGUCUCCUUCGUCAAACCAGAGGCAUGGCGAGAUGUCUAUGGUCAUGGCACCACUAUGCCACUCCUAAAAGAUCCUGAAUUCUACUAUCGUCCCCCCACAGACAUGAUUUCUGCUAACAACUCGGACCAUGCUCGAAUUCGUCGGCCACUCAACCACGCCUUCUCCGAGCAAGCCCUCCGAAGUCAGGAGAGUAUCAUCACCUCGUACAUUGAACUGUUGAUCGAGAAGUUGUACAAACGGGCCGACACUCAAUCCUCUGUCGACAUCAUGCGCUGGCUGAACUUUACAACAUUUGACAUAACUGGCGACCUGACAUUUGACGAACCAUUUGGCGCACUCGACAGAGAAGUGUAUAACUCUUGGAUAGACAAUCUUUUUAAUAGUUUAAGGUUCGCUGGGAUUAUUCUAAUCAUCAAGCGCUAUCCUAUCGUUGGGGUUCCGGCUACGCGCUUGUUGAAGUGGAUGCCUGCAUUGGCGAAAGCAGAGUUCGAGCACAACAACUUCACCGAGGAGAAGACUGCGAGGAGGUUGGCAUCCAGAACUGAGCGUAAGGAUAUUCUCAGCUAUGCUAUCAAGAACAAUAAGGGGGAAGUGACGGACCUGGAGCUCAAGCAUUCGUGUGGUACCAUCAUCCUCGGAGGGAGCGAGACUUCUGCCACGCUUCUGAGUGGUGCAAUCUAUUACCUUCUUAAAAACCCGGCUUGGAUGGAGAAACUACGCCAAGAACUUGCAACUACUUUCAAGACCGACAGUGAGAUCUCUUUCGCCUCAUUAAGUCAGCUCAAGAUCCUCAACGCCGUCAUCCAAGAAACCUUCCGCAUCUACCCACCAGUACCAACAGCCCUUCCUCGCAUAGUUCCAAUCACUGGCGCAACAGUAUGCGGCGAUACCCUACCGCCUGGCACGCAAGUCGGUAUCUCGCAAUAUGCCAUGUAUCAUAGCUCGUCUCACUUCACCAACCCUAGCGUGUACGCACCAGAACGUUUCCUUGGCGUUGAGCAAUAUGCAGGGGAUAAGCGUAUGGCGAAGGCGGGGCCCGACGUAAUAGGCGAAAACCAAGGAGGUUUUUCUUCUAACGACUCAGAACCUAUAUAUGGAUAUUCUCAUAUGCACGACUCGGGUACGGGUGGCUCACCCUCACUUGGUAACUUUCCAAUCUUUGCGCAAUCCGGAUGUGCAAACGAUGAUAUCAACGGGUGCCAAUACACAAAGUCUCAGAGAGCUGUCGAGCGUAUACCUGGAAGGGUGCACGCGAAACCUGGCUAUUUCGAUAUCACACUAGCCAACAACAUCAGGACCGAAUCAACAGUUACAAAUCGUACGGCUUUGUAUCGCAUCACAUUUCCGAAGACACCGACGACACCGAAUACCACGCUGAGCCCACAUAUCUUAGUUGACCUAACAGAUCUGCCGAACACGAGAAGCGAAGCAAACAUCACUGUGGAUGCCGGAACUGGACGCAUAACAGGUGGUGGAGUGUUCUCGCCAUCAUUUGGAAUCGGUACAUAUAAUUCAUACUUUUGCCUCGACUUCGAUGGUGCGAAGGUCAAAGAUGCCGGCGUAUGGUCCAACACGCGCGCGACAAACAGAGCGACAAGCCUACGGAUUGUUCCAGGCGACGUACGACAAACACCCAGUAACACACCGGCGGGCGGAUGGGUACAGUUCGAGAAGCCCUUUCAAGAUAACCAGAUUCAUGCGCGAGUCGGAAUGAGCUUCAUUAGCGAAAAGCAGGCUUGCGCCAACGCGGAACGCGAGAUACCCUCAUGGGGAUUUGACGACAUUGUUGCGGCCGCUGAGACUGCAUGGCGUUUGAAACUUGACGUCAUCACGAUCGAAGACGGCGGUGUUGAUGAAGUCUUCCUCAAGGCUUUCUGGUCCGGUGUCUACCGCUCAAUGAUAAGCCCUCAAGACUAUACUGGCGAAAAUUUACUUUGGGUGUCUGAUGAACCAUACUACGACUCCUACUACUGCAUCUGGGAUAGCUUUAGGUCGAUUCAUCCUCUGAUAACACUGCUUGACCCGCACAGUCAAACGCUCAUGAUAAGGAGUUUACUUGAUAUUUAUCGUCAUGAGGGAUGGCUGCCGGAUUGCCGCAUGAGCCACUGCAAAGGUUUUACGCAAGGAGGCUCGAAUGCAGACAUCGUUAUCACAGACGCAUACUUGAAGAACAUUACUGCUGGUAUCGACUGGGCACUAGCAUACGAGGCUGUCGUCAAGGAUGCGGAAGUUGAGCCACCGAACUGGGAUGUCGAAGGUCGCGGUGGUCUCGUAUCCUGGAAAGAGCUGGGGUACAUCCCUACCGAGAAUCUUGACGUCGAAGGCAUGGGUACGGAGACCCGCUCUAUCUCCCGAACUGUUGAAUAUGCCUACAACGACUUUGUCAUCGCUCUUCUUGCCCGCGAACUCGGCAACACAGCCGACUACCAGAAGUACCUCGAUCGCUCCGGCAACUGGCAGAACAUGUUCAAAGCCGAUCAACGUAGCAUUAUUAAUGGUACUGAUACCGGGUUUGAAGGCUUCCUACAACCCCGAUACCUGAACGGCACAUGGGGUUCUCAAGAUCCAAUCUUCUGCUCGCCACUACUCAAUUUCACUGGCUGCUACCUCAACCCUAGCGGACGCGAGACCUACGAAGGCCCGGUGUGGCUGUACACUUUUUUCGCUCCUGGAGAUAUGGUCACUCUCAUCCAGACCCUUGGAGGCCGCGAGCGCUUCGUCGAGCGUAUGAACUGGCUGCACGAGUCCGGUGUACUUUAUCUCGGCGAUGAGCAAGCUUUCCUCAAUGUAUUCCUAUACCACUACGCCGGCCGUCCUGCUCUCUCUGCUGAACGCGCCCAUCAAUACAUACCUUCUCUGUUCAACGAUACCGUCGUCGGCAUACCUGGUAAUGACGACAGUGGCGCCAUGGGAUCUUUUGAGGCUUUCGUCAUGAUGGGAUUCUUCCCCAAUGCCGGACAAGAUGUUUACUUUAUCAUACCGCCUUUCUUCGAAUCUAUCUCUAUCAAGAACGGUCAGACGGGCAACACAGCAACGAUUCGAAACAUUAACUUUGAUGCGGGUUACAAGAAUAUCUACAUCCAAUGUGCUACCCUCAACGGUGUAUCCUAUGCGCAGAACUGGAUCCAGCACAAUUUCUUUUUAGAGGGGGGUGUCCUGGAGUUAACACUAGGUCCCCAAGAAAGUGGUUGGGGAAGGGAACCGGAAGAUGUGCCUCCUAGUCUGGGGCCGUUCACGAACAAUACUGUGCCGAGUAAUGGAUCGGUCGCUGUUGAUCGAAAGUGGGCGAUACCAAGAAUGGAGUUUGGCUUCGCUGGUAGUCAAUGA